AUGCCGUCCUUCCUCGACAGGGUCGUCGAGUUCUCGGAUGGUAUCUCUUAUCAGCUACUACAACCUCUCACAACUUUCAGACAUUGCCACGAUGGAACUCCUGCCGAAGGUCGUAUUGUCUAUACGUGCAGUCGAAUCGAUUCAAGUAUCGCAUGCUCUGAUGAGUAUAUCAUGAAGAUCAAAGCUCAGGUUCCGGGUAAAGAAAGCGACCCAGCCGCCGAUCCUGAGGCAGUAUCAAGCAAUACGACAAGAGCCGAGUUGAAAGCAUUGGAGAUAUUUCGUGGUACUGGCAGCGAGCAUGUGCCACACCUGGUGCACUACAAGCAAGCCACACAAGGUCCAGAUGGACCCCUUCCAGGAGGAUAUCUAACCUUUACUGUGAUGACGAAAAUGCCUGGCGACUCGCUACACAAUCUUUAUUACUGGGGGAUGCCUGCCGAUGAGCGCGAAGUGAUUGUGAAGGAAUUCCUAGUCGCACUCCGCUCGAUAUAUGCCAUGGGCAUCGAACCCAUCGACUGCGCGUUACGGAAUGUUUUAUGGGAGGCCGGAAAAAGACGGUGUACCAUCAUAGACUUUGAGCUUUGGCGAGCGGCUGAGAAGACGUUCACGGACGAGGUGAAGGAGCUUCAGAGAUGGGGCCUAGCUCGACAACCCGCGGCUAAGGACCAUUGGGCAGCAUGGAAUGCCCAAUUCAGAUAA